UGACCCAAUGUUUUGUUUCUCUACCAGGUAGUGAACAGUAGUCGUUUCUAAUCCGUAAAACGUUUGAAAAAAAAAAGUUUUAUCAGUAAUUUCUUGCGUUUUUACUCUCACGCUUGGUUUGCUUGUUAUUGUUUUUAUUACUACAGUUCAGCAUCUUUUUUUGGUGAAUUUUAAAUGACAAACAAGAGAUCGGAGUAGUGGCGAACACCAGCAUGGCGGCGGUAGACAGUUUCCCCUUUUUGUACCGAGAAAUUUCUCGGUCGUGCAGCUCUUACUUUGAGACCCUGGCUCUGGUGGGAGCUCUGUAUGCGGCCAGGAAGGCAGUAAUCUUGCUGAAUGACUGCUGCACUUUGGUUAGGGUCCAUUUCCUGCCGAGAAUGAUCCCGAGCAGGAAGCUGACCCAAAGAUAUGGUGACUGGGCUGUAAUUUAUGGUGCAUCUGAGCCUGUAGCCAGCGCGUAUGCUGAGGAGCUGACCAGACACGGCAUUAAUAUCAUCUUCAUCACUCAGGACGACACCGUCAUUAGGGAUGCAGCUGCGUCCCUCUCUCAAACCUAUGGGGUGGAAACGCUUGUCGUUCUGACAGACUUCUCUCUGGGCCGAGCGGCGAGCAAACCCAUCAAAGACGCUUUGAGGGGUAAAGAUAUCGGCUUCCUGGUAAACUGUGUGCAAGAUACAACGGCUUUCCCUCGCAGUCUGAUUGAUACGCCUGAACACGACCUGUUGGAUCAAGUGAAUAAGAACAUUGUGGUUGCUACUCUGGUGACCCGACUGGUUCUGCCGGGGAUGGUAGAGCGCUGCAGAGGGGCUGUGGUCAAUAUAUCGUCAGGGGCCUGCUGUAGACCCCUGCGUGGAAGAGUGGCACUCACAGCAUUCACCGGGUACUUGGAUCAUUUCUCAAGAGCUCUUCACCUUGAGUACAGGGACAAAGGGAUCUUUGUUCAAAGUCUGAUUCCUUUCCAGAUAGCUUCAGGCAGGUUGCAACCAUCAUCAUCACCGAAGGAUGGUUGGUUUGUUCCAAGGCCGGAGGUUUAUGCUCGCCAUGCCAUCUCCACACUGGGGGUCUCCAACAGAACCACCGGGUACUGGCCUCAUACUCUGCAGUAUGGCCUGAUGAGGUGUAUUCCAGAGUGGAUUUGGAUUCUCGGAUCGCGGAUGCUCAUCAGUGCCAGUUAGGAGCUCAAAAGUCUGUUUUUUUUUUUCUUCCAUCUGUUACAUGGAGAUCGUCACGCAUCAAA